CGGUUCCGUCCAGCGCCAUUUUGAUGAAACAGCGAGGCUAGGAACAGCUUGGAUUACCUAAAUGGAUUUUAUGGAUUUAAACUGAAGAAUCAUCUGGAUACGCGUUUUUCGGAUUGGAAAACUAUCAUGGAUCGAAGUGGAACCUUUCAACCCUGACUGUGAAACUGGUGGAUUGUGUCAGUUAAUUCGACAGUAAACUGUUGCAACGAUGUUAGUGUAACUCCGUUACCCAUUAGCUGUUAGCUUUUGUUAGGCCAUUGGUGUUUCAUAAUGUGUUGAGUGGCGAGGCAUGAUUAGCUAAUCUUGAAGUGUAGCAUGCUAGCAUUAACAUUUACACGGUUCAUUACAAUGUCAGAAUAUAAUUUUGAGGUCCGUCAGAAUUAAAGUUAACACUGUUGACUCGUUGGGGAGCUUUUGUGGACUUUUUUGAGGGGCGCGAUAGUCUUUGUUCAUACUUGGUUGAAGAAGAAAACGGAGGGACUAUUUCUGAAAGGCAAAACAUUGCUUCAAGGACUGGUGCUCGGGAAACCAAGGGCCCGCUGCUAGCUACACAAGCGGUUCGCAGUGCGGCGGUUUGGGCUUUUCAUCAAGGACAAUACACUAUGGACUUUGUCUCAUUUACAUCCAUGUAAUUGUGCUGCGUGGACUCUCUUGGAUUUGGUCGCACCCUGAUGUGUUUUAUUGGACUUUGAAAAACUGACGAGGUACCCAGUGCCUCUCAAUGGCCCUCUGGUCUCACCCUUCGUAUAUUUUUCUUUGGCAAUAAUAAGGACUAUAUCGUCAUCUGCGAGCUGAACCUUUUCCUAUUUUAUCCUUUUCUUUGUCCAGAGUGUUUCAGCGAAUAUAAAGAAGGUUUACCAAUUAAAGUCACCUCAUUUAGCCUCCUGUGUUCAGUGUUGACGCUGUUUAAUUUUCUUAUGACAGGCCUGUGUUCUUUUUACCCCACUUGUGCUUGAUUGACAUUGUAGUGCUUAGACCUGUAAAAAUGUCGUGUGUUCACUAUAAGUUUUCUUCCAAACUGGACUACAACACAGUCACUUUCGAUGGGCUGCAUAUCACUCUCAGCGAGCUGAAAAGGCAGAUUAUGGCCCGGGAGCGCCUCAAGGCCACAGACUGCGACCUGCAGAUCACCAAUGCGCAGACUCGAGAAGAAUAUACAGACGAUGAAGCCCACAUCCCAAAACACUCGUCUGUGAUCGUCCGCCGCACUCCAAUUGGUGGAGUAAAACCUGCUGGCAGGACGUUCAUUGUAGAUCGUUCUGACACAGCUGUUGUGGGAUCAUCAAGACCCACGGAUUCUUCUCCUUCUUUGUCUCUCGCCCAACUGGCCAAGACUGCAAACUUGGUUGACGCAAAUGCAUCAGAGGAGGACAAGAUUAAAGCUAUGAUGUCUCAGUCGAACCAUGAAUAUGAUCCAAUACAUUACUCCAAGAAGGCAGUUGGACCCCCACCUGCUCAUUAUACCUGCUAUCGCUGUGGAAAGUCUGGUCACUACAUUCGAAACUGCCCAAUGCUUAUGGUGCAGGAUAAAAGUGCAGAUGGUCCUAAGCCAGUAAGGAUCAGUAAGGGCAUACCACAGAGCUUCUUGGUGAAAGCAGACCCGGGGGCAAAGGGAGUCAUGUUGACGAGCACCGGAGAAUAUGCUAUACCCGCCAUAGAUGCGGAAGCAUAUGCACAGGGGAAGAAGGAACGGCCACCGUUUGUUCCACUAGACCAGUCUUCAUCUGAGGAUGAUACCGAUCCAAUCCCUGAUGAGCUCUUGUGUCCAAUCUGCAAUGACCUGAUGACUGAUGCCGUAGUUAUACCCUGCUGUGGAAACAGCUACUGUGAUGAAUGUAUCAGGACUGCAUUGUUGGACUCUGAGGAGCAUGUUUGCUUCACAUGCAAACAGUCAGAUGUUUCACCUGAUAACCUCAUUGCCAACAAGUUUCUUCGACAGGCUGUAAAUAACUUUAAGAAUGAGACCGGAUACACCAAACACGUGCGCAAGCAUAUCCAGCACUCAGCCCCUCCUCCACCACGGCCGCAGUUGGUCAGACCUUUGCAGUCAAGACAGCAAGACCCCCUAAUGGUUAAUGUCUCCAAUCCUCCUUCAACAAGUGCACCCAUAACUGUUCCUAAAGCACAGGACCCGCCUCCUGCACCUGCUCCCGUUGCCACUUCUCCUGUUGCUCCUGCUGCCCCUAGUCCUCCUCAUGUUGCUCCUGUUGAAGAAAAAGAAGCUUCACCAGCCUCGACAUCUGUUGUUGACCACCAUUCUCCUGUCCACACCACCAGCCACGGUGAACCACCCCCACCAGGUGAGAAUGAUCCAGAGCCCGCUGUGACACAAGAUUCAUCAGGAACACCAGAAAGUGGAUCCCAGAGCUACAGUUUACCUGUUAUUGGCCACCUGCCUCCUUCAAGACUGCUUCAUCCACCAGGCAACCAGUCACGGCCCAACCACUCCCACAGAGGAUCUGGCAGACACUGGUACAGAAGUCGGGGGGAGCCCCCCUCCACUCACCUGCAGACAGCUCUACCUCCAGCACCUGUUCCUCAAGUUUACCCAUCUCCCCUGUACCCACCCCCACAGGCCUAUCCCCCUCCAUACAGCUCUGGCCCCGGCCUUAUUCCUCCACCUGUCCUCAGUUACCAGCCACAGGCUGUUUAUGCACCCGGACCACAGGGGCUCAACCCUCCAUGGGUUGGCCCAGGUGCUCAGCCUCCUCUUGUCCCUUUACCACCAUCCCUGUCACAGCCCCCCCUCUCAAAGGAGGAUUUCUACAGACCAAGGCACCAUCGACAAGACAAAAUUACGUCUAAACUGGAUGAAUUCACUAAAGACUUUCAUGAAGAGCUUAUUAAGUACAGAAACGCACCAAAGAGAAGGAGACGAUCUUAUUCCAGGUCCCGUUCAUACAGCCGCUCUUCGUUCAGCCGCUCUCCUUACUCUCGCUCUAGAUCUAGAUCUAGAUCAAGAUCCAGGUCUUACUCUUUUUCCCCAAGUCGAUCACGCUCCCGUUCACGUUCCCAUGGCAGGUCUUAUCCCCGUUCCCCUUAUUCUCGACGAAAUGGACGCAGUUAUGGACGCUCCCGGUCAAGGUCCCGCUCCCGUUCAAGGUCUUACGGCUACCGGCGCUCUGCCUCACCACACUCUCCCUCUUACCGAGGAGGAGGCUGGGACGGAGCAGAAGGAGCUGUACCGUAUAGGUCUAGGUCACGCUCCCCUGGUGGCUAUCGGAGCCGAAGCCCUGGUGGACGAAAGCCACCUCCUCGGGAGUUGCCUCUGUAUGACCUGAAGGGACACAGUCCUGGAAGCCAUGAUCGCUGGGAGAGAGAGCGGUAUCGACAGUGGGAGAAGGAUUACACAGACUGGUAUAAUAAAUACUACAAAGACUAUGACGGCCAACACCCUUCCAUGCAUCACAGAGGUCAUGGCAGCAGAGACAGGGAGAGGGACAAAAUGUCCUCAUCAUCCAGAGAUUACUCACCCCAGGGGAGAGGAAGACGAGGGAGAGAGGAGAGAGGGGGUCCACCUCCGCAUAUCCCUUCCUCUUCCUCAUCAGGGACCAAACCCAGCGCUAAAAUUUUAAAGUCAAAGAAAAUAAGAAAGAAGACAUCCGAAGAAGCAGAGUCAUCUCAACAGUCACUGGACAGAGGUGAUGCUACUCCUGUCAGAGACGAACCUAUGGACGAAAUCGCUUCACACACUAAAACUCCUCCCAUUUCUUCAAGGCCACCAGUUAGCACUGCAGUUUCUAAAGCUCCAGCCUCUAAAACCACUACCGCACCUGUAAAACCCACAAGCAAGUCAACAUCAAAGAUCCAGGCUGAUAAAGUGAAGAAAGAGAAGGGUCAGAAGGGGAAAGUUAAAGUUAAGAUGGAGGUUGUGAAGGUGAAAAGUGACAAGUUGAAGAAAAAGACAGGGGAGGGCGUGGUGACCAAAAAGAAAGACUCCUCGUCCUCUUCCUCUGUUGCUAAACCGUUAAAGACCAUAAAACCCAAACCAGAUGAGGCCUCCAACUCAACUACCCCUAAAAAGGAGAAGAGUAAAAGCUCUGGCGUGAGGCCGGCCUUGGUGAAAACCCCUCCAUUGUCCUCUCUGAAUCUUUCUCUACCUCAUUCUUCUUUUCAUGAAGGCCCUCGGUCCGGGCAUGACAUGCGUGGCAGAAGAGAUCUACCACAGGGUUCUGGUCUUCUUCCUCUCCACCAUCCACACAGACUCCCAAUCCUCCCCCGACCUCCAUCCCCAGUGGAUAGCCGGAGGAGGAUGGGAGAGGAGGGUCGCUCUUUACUCGGACCUCCACCUGUAAAGCUGAGGAGAAUUGAUGAGCUAGAGAGUGGAGGUGAUGCCCUCCCUCACUCGCACUUGUCCCAUCAGCCCCCAAUCCACAGAGGCCCACUCCCCUCUGACAGGUCUACUUUUCAUCCUCUACAAGGAAGGCGUGAACUGGUCCAGGGAGAAGUAGAUCGAGGAUCCAUUAGACCACUGAUGGACAUUUCGAAGCCAGUGAGAAGGAUAAAGUUGAACAGAGAUCUGGGCAGAAGAGGCAGCUCUGAGACGGUGCCCUCAGACAGAACACAGUCUGGUCCUGAGAAGACAACCUCGACCUUAGAUCGAUCAGUUGCACCUAAUGUCUCUGAAGGUGAUAGACUUGGUAAUACAACACAAGGAGCUGGAAGAAAGGAACCCCCAGCAUCUACAGAAAGAGGCGUCUCUCGAGAAAGACCAAGCAGUGCUGGAGAAAGACACCACGGUUCAGACAGAGAGCAUGACAGAAACUCUGGACAGGACAGAGAGCGAGAAAGACCAUCUGGUUCAGACAAAGACAGAAAUCUUGGAUCUGACAGAGAGAGGGACAGGGUCUCUGGGUCAGGCUUGCAGAAGGCUGCAGCGAACAGAGACACAGAAGGAGAGAGGUCAGUGAAAACGGAAAGAAAAAACUCCAGCAGAGGAAACGGGGGAGGGAGGUCUGUCAGCGUGGAUAAGAUAACCAUUGGAGAGAAAUCUGCUAUUACCAGGAGACUGGCAGACCACCAGGAGAAGCCAAGUGCAGGCUCCAAGGAGAGAGGAGAGGGGUCAGAAAGAGCUGCUAAAUCUGACAGGAGUGCAUCCAAGGACAGAACAGAGAGGAGUGCCCUCUCAGGAGAGAAACCAGCUGCUGCUCACAGAGAAGGGGUCAAAGAUGGUCAGGAGAAGGCCGCGAAGAGUAAACCUAGGAUCAGUCGUAAGGCUCUACAAAGUCACACAGCUAGCUCUACAAGGUCAACUCAAGAAAAAAAGCAGGAUUCGGAGAAAGACCAGAAGAAUUUACCCUCUAAACCUGUAGAGCAGCAUAAGUCUAGCCCAGUGGUGAGCCGUGUUCGCAGCCGAAGUGCCAGUCCAACCCUCAGUCCGGCCAGGGAGGAGCCGCUUAUUCAGCCGCCUCCACGCUCAAAGUGGGAGAGGGAAGAUGAUGAAGAAGGCCAGGAAGACAGCCUUUCAGUACCUGCUAAGGAGCCCUCACCAGUGCUGCAGAGGAGUCGGGGCAAAGAGCCCGGGCACAUCGAAGCAUCCAAAGCCAUCAGGAGUGAAGGCAGGGAAGUUGCAAGGGAAGAGAGGAGAGGAGUGGUGAGGGAGGAAAAGAAGGGGAGAGCACUGAGGGAGGAGGGUAAGGGUGGCAGGACUGUGCAGAAAGAUGUGGAGAAGACAACCAAAACAAAAACUGUGAGGGAGGAGGGUAGAGGGGCAAAAGAGGAAAAGAGAUCAGCAGUAAGAGAAGAGGAAAGAAGAGGUGGGGUAAGAGAGGAGGGGCGAGGAGUAACAGGGAAGGAGGAAAGAUCAGCAGAAAGCAGGGGAGGAGGACGAGAGGAAAGUCGUGGCCCAGAGCCUAGGAGGCAACGUUUGUGCUCGGAUCUGACUCGUGAGACAGACGAGGCGGCCUUCGUGCCCGACUACAGUGAAGGUGAGGGUUCUGAGCCGGAGAGAGGAAGGAGCGGCAGCCCAAGUCAGUCUCUCAGUCAGCCCUCCAACAGCCCCACGGCAAGCAACAACAGUGGCUCAGCUACCACCGCAACGGACAAGAAGAAGAAGAAACAUAAGAAGCAUAAAAAACACAAGAAGCACAAGAAACAAAGCAGCCAGGACAAAGAAGGAGAGCCCAAGAAACACAAACACAAGAAGAAGAAAAACAAGAAAAACAAAGACAAAGAUGCGGAGGAGGAUGGAAAGAAGAUGGAGAAAGAAGAGGAAGAGGCUCCAUCCUAACAGGCUCUGCUCAGUUUAAUGGCCAAAAAAUGCAACCUCUUUUAUGCAGGACAUGAUGAUGUAAUAACAGCCAAUAAUCCUGCUCCAUGUCCUGCUGGAAGGGAAUGGAUAAAUAGUCCUUUUGACUGUCCCUGACACCGAGAUCUGCUUCGCUGUUGUUUCCCUACUUCAUGUUGCUGCAAUGCAAAGACAUGUUUUUUGUUGUGCCUGAUAGUGUAGCAUCGGGAGAGAUGCUGAGGUCUCCUUUAGGUUUAAUGCUGACCUGCUGAUCUGGGGUCAUGAAAAACUAGGGUUGUUGAGUUAAAUGAAAUAAUAAUAAUAAAAAAAAAACAAUUUAUGCUCAGAGGGAAACUUUAAAGCACUGUUGUGAUCAACCUUAUGCUGAGCAGAAUAUAACUGAUAACUGAUUACAGAAAUGAUUCUGAAUGAUAGGAAUAAAUAACUUCGUACUCAGGGAUGUGAUUGCUUCUUUGUAAAGGAGGAAUUGCUGUUCCUCUUUAAUUUGUAAAUGGUUUUGAACUUCUGCUUCAAAUAAUUUUUCCUCAGUUGGAUUUGCUUACAUCCCAGUGUGCUUUUCAGUGCUUAAAUGAUGAAAAACCAACGCUUUAAAGGCUGUUCUUUAUUUGAAGGACUUAGCUAGCACUUUUGUAUGUUUUAGCACAUUACAAGAUGUUAUUAAUUUUAGACAUUUUGAGUAUUGAACUUUUUUCUAUUUUCGGGAAAUUGUUUAGCUCAAGUGCUGUUGCUUUGGUUAUCUAAGUUAUUUAAUAUUCAAAACUAUCUUGAUUUGUUCAGCCAUAUUAAUUGAAAUCUCUAUGCUACCUAUUAAAAGUGGGGGAACAUCUUGAGAAACACUUGGAUGUAAAAUUAAUGAGCUAAAACGUAUAAAAAUCACUAGUUUGGUUCUUGACAUUAAAGCAAACCUCUACACAUUCAUGCCACACUGGAUUAUGUAAAUCAAGGAUGUGUUUAUUUAAUGACAAAUCUUUUUGUCUUUUGUUCUGAAGGUGCAGUAGCUGUGGAUAACUUUUCAGUGAGUGUGUGUAUGUAUGUGUCUGUUGGUGUGGAAGUGAAAUAUGAUGGAAAUGUGAUCGGUUUGUGUAAUAUUUUUUUUUUUUAUUAUCAUUAAAAUGUUUUGACCUAAA